CUGGGGGAGGGCCAGAGGUAGGCUGCUUGUUAAAUUUAGUGUGUGGGGCGGUGCAGCUGCCCACGGUCCACCUGCCACCACACUGCCACUUGGGCCCUGCUGCCAGGAGGCGGGCCAGGCUGGCUCCGCCUGGGGCUGGGCCCUUAUUAACCGGUGCUCUUGCCUGGGGGCCAGAGGGGCUGUCCAGCGUGCAGGGAGGCCGGAGUGGCAGAGAAGUGGCAGCGGAGUGGACAGGUGUGAGGGCCUUGAGAGCAGGUGACCACAGCCAGGCUGCAAUGAACGACGUGAGGGAAAAGGUGCUGACGCUGAACACCAUGAACCUAUGUGUUCGGAGGGUGGAGUAUGCCGUUCGUGGCCCCAUCGUGUUGCGGGCCCUGGAGCUGGAACAGGAGCUGCGCCAGGGCAUAAAGAAACCUUUCACUGAGGUUGUCCGCGCCAACAUCGGGGAUGCACAGGCCAUGGGGCAAAAGCCCAUUACCUUCCUGCGCCAGGUCUUGGCCCUCUGCGUCCACCCGGACCUCCUGAACAGCCCCGAUUUCCCUGCGGACGCCAAGAGAAGGGCGGAGCGCAUCCUGCAGGCCUGCGGGGGCCACAGCCUAGGGGCUUACAGCGUCAGCUCCGGCAUCCAGGUGAUCCGCGAGGAUGUGGCGCGGUACAUCCAGCGGCGCGACGGAGGUAUUCCCGCGGACCCCAACAACAUCUUCCUGUCCACGGGGGCCAGCGACGCCAUAGUGACAGUGCUGAAGUUGUUGGUGUCCGGCGAGGGUCGCACGCGCACGGGCGUGCUCAUCCCCAUCCCUCAGUACCCGCUCUACUCGGCCGCGCUGGCUGAGCUCAACGCUGUACAGGUGGACUACUACCUGGACGAGCAGCGAGCCUGGGCGCUCGACGUGGCGGAGCUGAGGCGCGCGCUGCGCCAGGCGCGUGACCACUGCCGCCCGCGCGCGCUCUGCGUUAUCAACCCCGGCAACCCCACUGGGCAGGUGCAGACCCGCGAGUGCAUCGAGGCCGUGAUCCGCUUCGCCUUCGAGGAGCGCCUCUUCCUCAUGGCUGAUGAGGUAUACCAGGACAACGUGUAUGCCGAAGGCUCGCAGUUCCACUCGUUCAAGAAGGUGCUCAUGGAGAUGGGGCCGCCGUACGCGGCGCAGCAGGAGCUAGCCUCCUUCCACUCGAUCUCCAAGGGCUACAUGGGCGAGUGCGGGUUCCGCGGUGGCUACGUGGAGGUGGUGAACAUGGACGCCGCGGUGCAGCAGCAGAUGCAAAAGCUGAUGAGUGUGCGGCUGUGCCCACCUCUGCCCGGCCAGGUCCUGCUCCACGUGGCGGUCAGCCCGCCCGAGCCCUCGGACCCCUCCUUCGCGCAGUUCCAGACGGAGAGGCAGGCGGUGUUGGCCGAGCUGGCGGCCAAGGCCAAACUCACGGAGCAGGUCUUCAACGAGGCUCCUGGCAUCCGCUGUAACCCGGUGCAGGGCGCCAUGUACUCCUUCCCGUGCAUGCAGCUGCCCCCGCGCGCUGUGCAGCGCGCUCAGGAGCUGGGCCUGGCCCCUGACAUGUUCUUCUGCAUGAGCCUCCUGGAGGAGACUGGCAUCUGCGUGGUGCCUGGCAGCGGCUUCGGGCAGCGCGAAGGCACCUACCACUUCCGAAUGACGAUUCUGCCCCCCAUGGAGAAGCUGCGGCCCCUUCUGGAGAAGCUGAGCCAGUUCCACACCAAGUUCACCCGCGAGUACUCCUAAAUACUGCCGGGGACAAGGCUGGGCAACCCUGGACUGACAGUGCCCUGGGCCUCUGGAACCCUCCAGACUUGCUGCCUGUGGGGCUGGGCCCCUGCCUCUCUGCAGGCCUCUAAUAAAGCUCUGGCGCCGCCUGACUGCUCGGUGGCCUGCCCACCGCCUCC